UGUGAUGUUUACUUUAAAACCAGUGUUCGUGAAAUAUUGCAUGAAAUGUAUACGAGGCUCGCCGUACACCUGUGUAGUGAGUACGAACAGUGUGUUAUCUUUGCUGUUCAGCACACACGCCCCACACCAGUGCAUACGUCACUAUACCUGUGUGUUGAUGUCGUUAUCUGUGGACGGUUAUAAUACUGGGGUAGCCAUGAUGGAGGACGAGUCCCUGUACCUGGCCUGUAUACCCGUCGUAUAGCGCAUACCUGACCGGACGAUUGACGUAUCUGGACGGACGAUGGACCUGCCUGGACGGACGAUGGCCCUACCUGGCCGGAUACUAAGCGGAUGUUUACCUGUACUUGUUCUACAGUUGUGUUUACUGUGGGGCCCUGGGGUCGAGGCGGAAUGCAUGGUUCGCGUGUAUUACAAUCUCAGCUCUCCGACACCCAGUUAUGUGGAGCAGACUUGUGCCGUAGCCUGCUGUGGUCACUACCCAAAUGUGUAUUGCUGCGACCAAUGUGAUUCAACGUUCCGGAACGCGGACGGACAACUAGGUAGUGGUGCCGUGACCGGGAUUGUACUCGGCGUCCUCAUUGGACUCGUUACGUUGUUUGUAAUAUUUGUGUACGUAUACGGACGAUGGAGACGGGACAAGGAUCCCGUGGGUCGGGCCAUGUACCGUCUGUACAGGAUGUCCACCAGACGCCGUCGUCGCCCCAAACCCCAGGCGGGACAAAACGGUCAGACUUCUAAUGACGGUCCCUCCACCAUUACAAUGUCAAACGGAGGAACACAAAAUCGAGGAUUCAGCGAGGGGCCGGGGAGCAACCCCCGGUCCAGACGCCGCAGCCCAGGGACUGCGGAAACACCUAUGCACAAGGAGCAAUUGGCCAAACCUCCGAGACCUGGUCAGCGUGAUCCUAGAAAGACCGGCAGCGCUCCUGCCCAUUCAGUAGAGGGCCCAGUAAAAGCGGAUCAGACAUCCAAGUAUGGACAACUCAAUCCUCCCCAAGUUCAAAGUUACCAAGGGCAACGCUCCACAGUCGAACUGACCGCUCCUCCAGCAAUUGAAUUAGAUAGUCGUAAACUGGAAAAACAGUCUUAUAACAAUUACAGUAAUCUUCCUAUUGAUGGAAACGCUCAAAGACAUGAACCAGAAAAAAGGCAAAACAUUCAUCAACAUAAAACCCAUUCUGACGAAAUAAAACCGUACUCAGGUCAUAGUGAUAAACCAUAUCAGGCCUUAGGUAAACGACAAGAUGAGCACCCUUAUACAGUUCCCAAAGGUCUCAACGCACGUGACAGAUACAAUAUGCCUAGGGACAAUGGGGAGAAACAAAAACUCAACUCAGAAUCGAGGCUAGGUCCACCAUCCCGACCCCACCAACACAAUGGGGAGAACAAAACGUCCUAUUCUCCAGACGGACGUGCGCUACAUCCCCCUGAUAGAAAUGCUUCAUAUCAACCUGACAGUCAGACACCACAUCACCCAAACAGAGAUAUGUCACAGCCCCUUCAUCCGUCUGACAGAAAUACCUCAUAUCCAUCCGAUAGACAUACAUCACAUCCGCCUGACAAGCAAACAUCACACCCAGUUGGGAAAACAAACAGAGAUACGUCAAACUGGAGAGAUCCUCCUCCUUCUUACCCCUCAAAAAACGAGGGCAGGGGCGGCCCGGGAUAUGCACCUUACUCCUCUACUCCAGGGAGGGGCGCCCCUUCCCGGCAGCCGGAGUAUAAAGAUACACCAAUCAGACAAGGGGAACGUGAUUAUCGCCAAAAGAAUGAUAAUCGUGGCGUGUAUUUAGGUAAUCCUGACGGUUCAAGACAGUCGCAGAUAUGAGGUGUCUACGGCAUCGUAGAGAACAAAUCUGUAAAAUAGCGAUCCCCGCAAAACGUCUCUGUGUAGGGUUCCACACAAACUGGCGUCGAUCGCCAGACGUCACUCUUGUGCUGACAGCACGUGCCAUAUCGGAGAAGUGUAUGUUGUGUUUGUUGGCGGAUCAUUCCGUUACGUUUUAGGACGGCUAGACGGACACCUAGUGUGUGUCACUUAUCAUCUCUGGUUGGACGGAGUGCAGGCUAACAGCCAACUUAUCUCUAAGGUUGACUGUGAGUUGUAGAAGGAGUCGAAAGGACGUAAAAACAACAUUGACAUUUUAAAGAAUCAAUCAAUCAAUCAAAUCGUGUAUUCCUCUGUUAAGAGAUUAACAAAAGGAAAGAGUUAUUUACAUCAAAUUAAUUUGAACGUGAUGAGUCUAUACCAUUAUUUUGAUACAGUUCUUCCUCGAAUGCAUGAGUAAAUUAAUUUUACUUUUGUUGGCACACUGGUACAGUAUAUAUUAAAAGUCAAGGUGGAUUAUCAUUUGAUAAGAACACAUGAGCAGCACUUCUGAUAAAUUUGGCACUGUCCAAGAAGAAUUCCUGGUAUUUGCCCAUGCAGUAAGGUCCUAUACACACUUAUCUUACUCCAAUGCUUUAGGCUAAAUAUAGAAAUUGGUAAUCUUAUUUCAUCGCUAUAGGUUGAUAUAAGAUGUAAUAUUACUCCAUUUUUUGUCUACAGAUGUUUAGUUUUUGGGUUCAAAUAGCGUCAGAAAACGUAAUUCAAACUCAAAAGUCGGCGUUUUGUUUACGUUUUUAGAAAAUGGCGCGUGCGACGACUAUGCAUUCUGUUUUGGACUAUAGGAAUAAAUUCACCCUAUAGAAAUACUUGUCUUCAUAUAAAUUCCAAAGGUCAUCAUAAAAUAUUAAUAUGCUGACAAAAAUAUUCAGUUGAAGUAUAAGAUACUGCAAAAUUCAAGCUUUGAUCCGGGUCCUUACAUUCGCAAAACCGGAACCGCUGAAAGGUGACUUCAGAGCGUUCUCAAGAUAUUUCAUGCGCGCCCCGAGUGCUAAUUGUUUUUGUGAGAACACCCAUCGAUAUUCUUUCUUUGAUACAACCAUAAAUGAAUGAAUGAGUACAUUGAUGGUUUGGUGAUCCGAUUUGAGUACCUUCACCUUAGGUUAUAUUAAGUGAUAAUUUUACUCCAUCGCUCUAUGUUAAAUAUGAGAUGUGAUAAACGUACUCAAUCGCUACGAGUAAAUGUAAGAUAAUCUUACUUCAUCAAUAAAGGUAAAUGAGAGAUAAUCUCACUUCCUCGCUAUAUUUUAAUUAAUAGAACCCAUUGCUACAUGGAUGAAAUGUGAAUGUGCCAUAUAUUACUAUCAUAUGAGUCUUUAGAUUUUAUUUUUAUAUAGAUAAUAAAACAAGUUUUAACAGAU